AUGAAACUAGAUCUUCAGGUUGUUAGGGACAAAUUUGUUGCGCUCACAGAUGUCAUAAACGCCGAGAAGGAUGGCUCCUCGGAGCUUACGGCGGAGGACGUUGCUGUCGGAUUCCUCUCCAUUGCCAACGCAACCAUGACUCGGCCGAUUCGAGCACUGAGUGAGGGCCGUGGAUUUGAGACUGCUGCCCACAAUCUGUGUUGCUUCGUUUGGAAAAUAGAGUCAAGAAUAGCAAAAGCCGGAUUCAACCAUGCACUGACGAGAUUACACUCAAUAUCUGGAUUGAAAAAGGUGCUGCAUAAGAGGGAGCGUAAACCCCACGCGUUAGAACUUAACGUUAUGUACUUCAAGAGCGAUUCGCUAUGCUCGUUGAGAAGUUUGCAACUCAAACUCGUCGACAUUGGUGAUGUGGGCAGGGCGUUGGACGUUGCAGACAAUGGCUGUACGACUACGCCUGCGGGGAAGUUUGGUGGCGAGGGCUACGACCGGCCGAAGACGAGGGCGCUCUGGAAUCGCGAACGGCGGUAUAAGCGGCGGUAUAAGCGGCGGCACUAUUUUGAUGUCGUUUCGCUAUAUCGUGCGUGUCUCGAGGUCUGGACCUCUGAAGGCCACGGGCGCUUGUUUGCUUCGAUCGCUAAGCGCUUGCUGUUCGACGCGGUAUCUUCGCAGUUAGAUUAUGGGCGCAUCUACCUUACCAUGUCCUGGAUCUGGGCGGGGCCUUAUUGGAUAGAUAUCGGCCGGUACGUCCUUGACUCAGGGCUACUCAAGCUGUCGGAUGCGCAAUACCGACUCGCCUGCAAGGAGACGACGGCGCAGGUUGCGAGGUCCUGGUUCUUCCCUAAGACCAACACGCAGCACAUCGCCUACCCUGAGCGUGCUCAGGGCACGCGCAGCUUCGAAGCGUAUCUCAGGCAGUAUUCCCUUGCCGCCGAAUCGCUAGUCGAGCCGCUUUAUGCGCGCUAUAACGACAAGGCUGUAUCGCUAGACGAGAUGCUCCGGACGCGUGUUGCUUGGGGAGCCGGUGGAGUAUCGGGGCGCCGCGCGCGUGAGCUGUUGGGGCCUGAUGUCGCGCCGGCAGGCAGUGCGAAGGGUUAUGUUUUGGCGCGCACGGGAGCGGACUUGUGGCGUAAGCCUUGGGGCACUACUUACGUCGAAACCGCUGACAAGAGUGACGAGCGUGGCGUCACGCGAACAAUUGCCGCCACCGACAUGCGCGAUCAGCUGAGCGAACAGGUCGCCUUCAAGGCCAUCACUAACCGGUAUCCUGAGGUUGGCCUCGACAUCGGAGAAUCUCCCACGCAAGCAAUGGCGCGCCACCUCAAUUUGGCGGUUGCUAGCGAACGCCGAGACGUGGAUAUGCAUGAUGGGAAGGUGAUCAUGUGUUGGGACUGGCAGGCCUGGGAUCAUUUAGUCCACUCGGCUGAGCGGGUGCUGGUACUGCAGGCCAUGCUGAAGAUGAGCAGGAAGUAUCUUUCCGGUGCUAUUCUCAAGGAUGUCGAGACGGAGCUUCUUGCUCUUGUCGCUAGCGCCGAUGAGCUAGUGUUCAGGUCCCAAGCUUAUGCUGACGAGCGCUACUCGCAAGUCGUGGAUGACAUCAUCACGGCUUCGGAGGGCAGGGCACGCCGGCUCCCGGGGCAUGCGGGGCAGUUUGCCAUUAGUAUCGACAAGCCCAAUGGGCAGCAGUCCGGUCGCAAGUCAACUCUCGAGGGCAAUACUGGAACGAAGAACAAUGGGGUCAACCUUAUCAACGAAAAGAUUGAGGGUCUUCGCCCUGGGAGGUACUCCCAGCGACCGACACUGCCACUGGGACUCAUGGGGGAUCCUCCUGAUGAUUCGCCUGUUGCCAUCUUUCUCGUUCUUGCCCUCGGUAGGCAGUCUUGGGAUCUGGCGAGGGCGCGCAACGCGUAG